GCGCGCUCUUUUCCUUUAGCAGCUGGGUUUUUUUUUUCUCUCAUGUCGCUCAACGUAUCUCUUGGCCCGUGGAAGGCCGACAGCGCGGUGGCCAACUGCGAGUCGUGUGGGGCCGCCUUCAAUUUGUUUCACCGCCGCCACCACUGUCGCUGCUGCGGCGGCAUCUUUUGCUCCACCUGCACCGCCCAGACUUUUGUGAUCCCGACCUACCCCUCCCUCAUCCCGCAGCGUGUGUGCCGGGAGUGCCACGCACUGCUGUCUUCGCGCGAGACCGGCCGCAGUCAGCAGCGCGACCGGGCCCUACUGCAGCAGUUCCAGGAGCACAACUCGCUCGAUGGUGACCCGUUGGGGCGGUGCUCUCACGCUUCGCAGCGUCGCGAACAGCGCGACAGCGGCGGGCCGCUUGUCCACCGAUCCCUGCGUGUGUCGUCGAUAAACUCCGACGACAUCGACGGCAGCUUUGUGGACUGUGUCGAGCGCACCGACACGGGGGAUGACGACGCGGCUGACGCCGUGUCCUCUGCCGUGGCGGGCGUGCUCUCUUCGUGGAGCGAGCAGCAGCACAGGAGUAGCGUGUCGUUUCUCCCCGUACUGAAGGACAGCAUCGUGCGUAGCGGGGAGCUGCCGCUGCUGAAUGUGCUGCUCUUUCCCUCACCGCAGUGCUACACAGUGAGCGUGUUAAUGCUGUCGAAGGAGGACACCAUGCGAGAUCUUAUCCUGCGACUUGCGGAGCAGUACUUCAAGCUGGCCAACGGUCCGUUUAAGAAGAUCACCGACUCUGCCAAGGAGGACUUGUGCUCGUCGCUUCAAUUCUACUCCGAGAUGCAGUCCAUCUCACCCGACCUAUCUGCCAUUGAGGUAGCGGCGCACUGCACCCACGUGGUGCUCACGACGCUCUCUCCCAGCGGGUUUGAGAAGGAGCGUGACAACUCCACGCAGGAGUCCUCGCUGCUUCACUUCUUUGGUCAACACGAUGCUGUUUCCGUGGGGAAGACGGAGUGA